AGCAUCGGCGGCAGCAUCGACUUCGUCUUCGUCUUCAUCACUCGAGGUGCUUUCCCUAGGUAAAUCGCCAGCCUUAACCAUAUCCUGGAGGCCAAGAUGGCCAAAAUCCGAUCGAGCACCGUUCGACUCAAUCUCGACCUUUCCAAACUCCGUCGCCAUAUCAAGUCGUUUCAUCACGAACUCCUUGUAACCUGGCAAGCGAACGUGCUCACGCGUCUGGUUGAGGUCAUCUACCUGCGGCAGGGCUGGAAGUUGCCAGGGGGCUUCGACGUCGGAGAGCAGGGGGAUCUGGAUCGGGAGGGUCUGUCGAGGAUAUAUUCGAUCGCAGCGAAGAGGGUCGGGAGGGGGAUUAUGAAGGCACGAUUUUGCCUUGGAGGGAGGUAUUAUCUGGCCCUGCAAAAGUAUAGUGAGAUUGUCGAGUUCCGAACUUCAGAUCCUUUCGAGACCGAAUGCACCUUUGCUCAGUGGCUUGUUUCGGAGAAGGAGAUGAAACCUGAUAUGUAUGAGUUCUGGGCAGGGCUCUUUCCUCUGUGUUACGGCAAUACCGUGGAGGAGAGUUCUGGUUUUUGAUAUGACGGGGGUGUUUGCUACGAUUAUGUGUUAGGGCAGGGAUGAUAGAUUCUUCCUUGUAUUGCUUGCGAGUGAAUAUCAAUAUGAUUUCAUCUACUUUUUGUCCAAGU